AUGGCCGGGCAGCCCAUGAUGCACCCGCCGAUCAUCCUCCUCAAGGAGGGCACGGACACCAGCCAGGGGCGGGCUCAGCUGAUCAGCAACAUAAACGCCUGCAUGGCGGUGGUGGACACCGUGCGCACCACCCUGGGCCCGCGCGGCAUGGACAAGCUCAUCAACAGCGACAAGGGCGCGACGAUCUCGAACGACGGCGCCACCAUCAUGAAGCUGCUGGACGUGGUGCACCCGGCGGCCAAGACGCUGGUGGACAUAUCCCUGUCGCAGGACGCGCAGGUGGGUGACGGCACGACCACGGUGGUCAUCCUGGCGGGCGAGUUCCUGCGGGCCGCCAAGCCGUUCAUCGAGGACGGCGUGCACCCCCGCAACAUAAUUCGAAGCUUCCGCGAGGCCAGCGGCCUAGCGAUCUCCAAGGCCAAGGAGCUUGCCGUGACCGUGGAGGGCUCCGACGAGGCGGAGGUGCGCCAGCUGUUGAGGAAGUGCGCCAUGACGAGCAUGAACUCCAAGCUGGUGUCCGGGGAGAAGGAGUUCUUCGCGGACGUGGUGGUGGACGCGGUGUCCAAGCUGGACCCCCGGACGCUGGACCUGAGGAUGGUCGGCAUGAAGAAGGUGACGGGCGGCGGGCUGAGGGACAGCUUCUUGGUGGACGGCGUGGCGUUCAAGAAGACGUUCUCCUACGCGGGGUUCGAGCAGCAGCCCAAGUCCUUCGACAACCCCAAGAUCCUGCUGCUGAACAUCGAGCUGGAGCUGAAGUCUGAGAAGGAGAACGCCGAGGUGCGGCUGGACGACCCCGCCAAGUACCAGUCCAUCGUGGACGCCGAGUGGAACAUAAUCUACAAGAAGCUGCAGGCCUGCGUGGACUCUGGCGCGCAGAUUGUGCUGUCCAGGCUGGCGAUUGGCGACCUGGGCACUCAGUUCUUCGCCGACAGGGACGUGUUCUGCGCGGGGCGGGUGGCGCAGGAGGACCUGGAACGCGUGGCCAAGGCCACGGGCGGCCAGGUACAGACCACGGUGAACGAUCUGGACCCCAAAGUGCUGGGCACAUGCGCGAGGUUUGAGGAGCGCCAGGUCGGCGCGGAGAGGUUCAACCUCUUCACGGGCUGCACGCAGGCCAAGACGGCCACGGUGGUGCUGCGGGGCGGCUCGGAGAAGUUCAUUGACGAGGCGGAGAGGUCGCUGCACGACGCCAUCAUGAUCGUCAGGCGGGCUAUGAAGAACUCGUCGAUCCUGCCGGGCGGCGGGGCGAACGACAUGCAGAUCUCCAGGGAGCUGCGGGACUACGCGAGGUCGAUCCCCGGGAAGUCUCAGCUCUUCAUCAACGCCUAUGCCAAGGCGCUGGAGAUCAUACCCCGGCAGCUGUGCGACAAUGCUGGCUUCGACUCGACGGAUGUGCUGAACAAGUUGCGCCAGAAGCACGCGCUGCCCCCCGAGAAGGGCGCGAACUUUGGGGUGGACGUGAACACAGGAGGGGUGGUGGAUACGUUUGCGAGCUUUGUAUGGGAACCGGCGCUUGUGAAAAUCAACGCGCUGGGGGCGGCAACGGAGGCGGCAUGUUUGAUCCUGUCGAUUGACGAGACCAUUAAGAAUCCCAAGAGCGAACAGCCCGACGCAGGGCCGAUGCCUGGCAGGGGCAGGGGUCGGGGCCGAGGUCGAGGCAGGAGAGGACGCUACUGA